UCCGUGUGUGAAAGAAACAAAAUACACUAUGUUUGACUGGAAGAUCGUUUUGCUUUUGGGGGUUCUGGCCUUUGUGGCAGCUCUGAACUUCGGAGAGGAUGGUUUGCAAGGUGAAAACCGAUUCGUUGAAACGGACUUUUCGCAAAACCAGGACGUGACAUGGGUCAAGUAUAACUUCUCCCAAACAACGAUUACUCAGCUCAAUUAUCUGAUACACAACCACCUUGUUGAAGAUCUCUUCUACCUCAACAUGGGUUAUAACUUUGAAAGAGCCGACGUGGCCCUACCUGGUUUCUACAAGUUUUUCCGCCAUAUGUCAGAGGAACGCAGAAAGGACGGGGAGAAGAUAAUGACUUACCUCAACAGACGUGGUGGGGCAAUAAAGUUCAGGCGAACAAUGAAGCUGCCGGACAGCGUGUGGAGGACGGGACUGGCGGCCAUGGAGGCGUCCCUCGGCCACGAGAAGGAACUCCACAAGAAGAUCCUCAAGAUGCACGUCACCGCCGCCGCUGCGCAUGAUCCGCACCUGACUAAUUUUCUAGAAGACGAAUUCCUUGAACCAAAGGUAUCUUUGAUAAAGAAGUUGGCUGACUACGUCACUCGUCUCAAGAGUUUCCAGUCCGACUACAGUCUGGGCGAAUACAUCCUUGACCAGAAUUUGGAAUGACAAAGAUGUCCCUUCGUAGGACUAUAAGAACUUUGAUAAUGUCUGCAUCAUGUUCUGAGAAACGAAACGUUCUGGAGAAUAAAAUUCAAUUAUGCAAUA